GCGCAGGACACCAUGAACGAGCUGCUGGGGAUGUUUGGUUACGAUGGGGUGGAUGAAGACGAGGCCAGCAGCCUUCAGAUCAGCUCCAGUUUCGUCCCGACCCCCCCAGCCCCACCCCCUGACUCUGCCUCCACCCAGGGGGAGGAGAUCAGUGCUGCCCCCCAGGGGUGUUGUACGUGGUGUAAGAAGAAGAGUACAGCACUGGACUUUGUGCUGAAGAUGCAGGAUGGGAAGACGCAGGCCUACUGCAGCGCCGAGUGUCUGGCCCGAGGAAAAGUGGCGAUUUCCCGCCUAACGCCCAAAGCCCUGGCUGAGAAAGUCAGCAGCGCUGCUCAGUCCCUCAGCCAUCAGCGAUGCUUCUUCUGCCACCGGCUGUUCCGCCGAGGCGGCGACAAAACCUUCCCCACACGGGAUGGGAACAAGGUCUUCUGUAAGGAGCAAUGUGCGGAGUCGUAUGAUAGGAGCAAGGUCGCCAAACUCUGCGAACAGUGUAAGAAGGGUGUUCCCGGAGACAAGGCCAUCACCUCCAGAGGGAAGUUCUUCUGCUCCCAGGUGUGCAUCACGGCGCACCAGAAGUCCCAGGCUCGGCAGAACCGUGUGUGCGAGAACUGCAAACGGCCGGGGACAGCCUCCCAGAGCUACACCAUGGCAGUUCCAGGGGGCUUCCCCAACAAGACUUUCUGCAGCCAGGGCUGUAUGCUGAUGUUCCAGAAGAGAGCCAAACCCUGCACACACUGUAAGGACCUGCGAUCAGACCAGACGGUCAUCGCUCAGGUGGACGGAGGAGACUUCAAGGAGUUCUGCAGCUCCGAGUGUGUCAUCAAAUAUGAGGAGAAGAGAUCCAAGAUGCCUGAGCCUGGGAAGUGUUGGAUCUGUAAGAGCACUGGAAGAGUCAAACAUGAAGUGAACUACCAGGGUACUGUGUACCGACUCUGCACAGACAAGUGUUUCCAGAUGUUCCGUGUGGCCCACAACCUGAGCAUGAACUGCUGUGACCAGUGUAACCAGUACAUCUACAACCAGGAGGGACAGGCUCCACAGAGCAUGCAGUUCGAGGGGCAGAUGAAACGCUUCUGUUCCAACAUCUGUGUCAACGCAUUCAAACAGAAGAACCGUAAGUCCGUUGUGUGUGGCUGGUGUAAGCUGGCCAAGAGUAACUUUGACAUGAUUGAGCGAGUGGACACGGGAGGAAAAGUCACCAUGUUCUGCUCUAUCAACUGUCUCUCCUCAUUCAGACUAAAGCAGAACAUGGAUGUGGGGAAGAGCAUCCCGUGUAACUUCUGUGGGAAGACUGCCCUGCCUCAGUACCACCUCACCAUGAGUGAUGCCAGCAUUCGUAACUUCUGCUCCUACUCAUGUGUCAUGAACUUCCAGCAGGGCUUCAGUACCAAGGUGCCAGUGCCGCAGCCUCCCAAACCCCCAACAGGCCCCCACCUGACCUGUCCCCAGUGCAAGCGCUGGUUCAACAACAGACCGGAGACGUUUGAGUACAAGGGGAACCCCAUGGCCUUCUGCAGUAAGGGCUGCAGCGAGGACUUCAAGAAGGCAAACUCUGUGGUGUGUGAGUGUGACUACUGCCACCAGGAGAAAAUCCUGUACGAGUCCACAGUUUUCUCUGGAAGUACCAAGAACUUCUGCAGCGAGGGAUGCAAACUGCUCUUCAAACAGGACUUUGCCAAGAAACUUGGUCUCAGGUGUAUUGUGUGUGACUACUGUGCCCAGACCUGCAGGAAGGGUCCCACCAAGACAGUGGAGGGGAAACAGCUGCACUUCUGCAGUAAUGACUGUAAGGAGAAGUACACCAUGUGGUACUUCGGUGUGGCCAGAUGUGACGGGUGUAAGAGACAGGGGAAGCUGUCGGAGAAGUUUGUGUGGCGUGGUGAGAUGAAGCGAGUGUGUAACCAGACCUGCCUGCUCCAGUUCUACAUGCAGCAGAACUUCCCCAACAUGUCCACACAGAAGGGACCUGAGAACACAUCGCUGGGGGGGACGUCCCAACAGACCUCAACUCCCAUCAUCUCAUCAGUGAUGUCACUGGCAGGAGGACCACAAGGCGAGUCGCCCAAGCCAUCCCACAGCUACGGCACCCGAACCGCAACCGGAUCAAAACCGGUUCAAAUCGCUUCCCGCCAGCCGCCGCCCCUGCAGCAGAUGCCUCAGCAAACCCAGCCACAGGUCGUGGUACAGCAGGCCCCUGCCCCGCCACCCAAGCAGCUGAGGAACAAGUCUCUCCAGUGUCGACCCUUCAUGCAGACCAAGGCAACGUCCUGCAAACCUCACACCACGUCCAAAGGCACUUCUACAGAAGAGGACUGGAAGCCCAAACUGGUGGUAGUCCCCAUCCCGGUGCCGAUCUACGUCCCGGUCCCUAUGAUGAUGUAUAACAACCCCGUCCCCCACCCCCUCCCCAUGCCCCUGCCUGUCCCAGUCCCCAUGUGGAUCCCCACCCUGGCACAGAACACCGACCAGCUGCUCAAGACCAUGGAGGACAUCAAGGAGAAGAUCCCAUCGAACCCGUUUGAAGCAGACAUCCUGCUGAUGGCAGAGAUGGUGGCCGGGGAGGACGAGGCGUCCAGGAGAGAGGAGAAGGAGGCUGAGACGGGGAAGGACGACAGCUCGGAGGACGGAGAUGUGCCGGAUCCACUCGCUGCAUUUCCAACCUGUCGGUAUCAUACCUUCCUCGCAGUGAAAGACGCGGUUCCUGACUCGGACCUGUCCCUGGAGGACGCUGCCUCCGUCAUCCCGUCCAACCUGCUGGGACACGACGUCCUCGCCAUGGCAGAGAAAAUGAGCGGAAUCUUCGACGAGCCGCUUCUCGACCUGGAGAAUGACCUGGCACUGGAGCAAUCUUCCGACAGUCUGGCUACGAUAGACGACUCCUCCAUCGUGACUCCACGGCAGCGGGGCAAGCAGCGCAGCAAGGCCGCCAGGGGCAGGAGAGGCCGAGGUAGGAAGCGGCAGGCUGUGGAGGCCCGUGCUGCGUCGCCUGCCCCGCUCGGCACCGUGGACGGGAUGCACCUCAAGUACUCGUACGGAGUCAACGCCUUCAGACACUGGGCUGUGCAGAGGAACACAGCACAGGCUGACAUCAAGGGCGGUGCAGUGGCCAGGAUGAAAGAGGACAUCCUGCAGAUGAACGCGUAUGAGAUGAACUUUGCCCUCUCCCAGUUCGUGCAAGAAGUCCGGAAGCCGAACGGAGAGGAGUAUGCAGCAGACAGUGUGCUGUACCUCUGUUUGGGCCUGCAGCAGUACCUGUAUGAGAACGGCAGGAUAGACAACAUCUUCACAGACGUGUACUACCUGCAGUUUGUGGAGAGUCUGCACAGCCUGCUGCAGCAGUACCUCACCAGGGUCAGCCUGGAGGGCAUCAUUCCUUGGCGUAUAGAAGAGGAGAUCCUGUGGGAGUGUAAACAGCUGGGAGCCCACUCCCCCUUCGUCCUGCUCAACACCCUGCUGUACUUCAACACAAAACACUUCCUGCUGCGAACACCAGAGGAACACAUGAAGCUGUCCUUCUCUCACAUCAUGAAACACUGGAAGAAACACCCGUCAGGGAAGCCUAACCAGCGCAGCGUGUACCUCAGGUUCUACCAGCCACCCUCACAGACACAGAAAGAGGUGUCAGGGGGAAAGAGGAAGCGAGAUGACUCGCCGGUGUUGGAGAUCCCUGAGAACACAGAGAUCCCUCUCAGGUGUCCUGUCAAGCUGUACGAGUUCUACCUGUCCAAGUGUCCUGAGGGGAUGAAGGGCCGUAACGACGCAUUUUACCUUGUUCCUGAGCGCUCGUGUGUCCCAGACUCCCCCCUGUGGUACUCCCGUCAGCCCUUACCUGAAGACUUGGCUGGGAGGAUGCUGGCUCGAAUCCUGAUGGUCAAGGACGUACAAAACGCGCUCGAGGAGGCCGCGGAAGACUGUCCUGAAAGUGCGCGGAACCGGAAUGAUCUGUUUUACCUGUUACCGGAGCGGUCGUGUGUGCCGGACAGCCCCCUGUGGUACUCCACUAUGCCUGCUGAUAACAGCCUUAUGGAAAAGAUGCUGACUAGAAACCUGCUGGUGAAGGAAGUGUGCGAGAUUCACGAAGAAGCAGGAGUACAUAAUUAACCCUUUCCUCCUGCUGCACCCCUUGGUCAGUCUUGGUUUUGAGGGGCUACAUGUUAGGUAACAGCAGGCUAAUUCGUCAGUUUUGGGUAGAUAUUGUGCAAAACAGGAGACUGGAGUACAAAAUUAACCCCCUUCCUCCUCCUUGUAAAGGCAUCUGAUGCAAUUUCGGGGCAGCAAAACAAAAAUAUUCCAAAUGACAAAAUCCGUCUGAUAUUAACAUUUUACUGCCAUUUUUGUCAGCCACAUGACAUUUUUUCCCCACAGAUAUCAGAAUACUAAAGGGUUGUUUUAACUUACUAUAUUAAAAGAUCUAUAGAAUGACCAUAAAACUGUAAAUCCAGUUUUCCCCUGAAAUUGUAUUGGAUGCCUUUAAGUCAGUACAGUCCUGGUUUUGAAGGGCUAACUUUAGUUACCAGUGAGGCUAAUUUGUCAGCUUUGGGAGAAAUUUAUGCAAAACAUAUUUUUUCUUCUUCUAUGAAGAUUUUCUUUUAGGUUCUUGUAGGAUCAUAGAUUUAUGGUGUAGAGAUAGAAAAGUUACCCAUUUUUAUUUCUUGUGAAUUUUUGUCACAACUGCCAAAUUUAACUACAUCGCACACUUCGUUUGAAGUCUUUCUAAUCAUUGAAAUGUUUUGUUACUCUGUUUCCUCUACAACAAAAUUGCAAACGUUUUGCAAUGAUCAUCCAGGUAUCAUUUAGUUCAUCACAUUGCAUGAAAACAAAAGAUGAGAAAUUAGAACUUGUUAUAGUAGGUUGUCCUCCAGUUGUGUCUGAAGUUUGAAAUGACUACAGUGCCAUGAAUGUUACAAAUAGUCACAGGUCACUGAAUUUGAGCGAGGACGUUCUAUCAAGAACUAUCUGAUAGAACAUCCUUGAUUUGAGGUCUUAAGUUCAAGAUACAUGUAGAAUGCAGGCUGCAAUUUCAACAAUUCUGCUGCAAUGUGUGGAAAACUAAUAUUCUGUAGAAUCUACAGUUUGAAAGCUUUACUGUUAGAGACAUUAUAUUAGUAGACUUUUGUAUUCGUUCUACAAUCAGAACUGUAAGUUACAGGUAGUUAAGCUGACUAACCAGGCUUGUUAAAACUGUAUAUAGCUGUAUAUAUUAGUAGGGCUUCUUCAAUUCAGUUAGGAACCAACCACUGUCCUGAAUAUUCCACGUUCUUUAUAUUAUAUACAUGUAUGAAAACAUCAUUAGAAAGUACAAACAGUGACUAACAUUUCCAUGUGUAGUUUGUUGGUUUCUGAUGAGUCAAACACUUAUAAUACAGGUACAUGUACCUUGUUAGUUGAGUAAUUCUAUUCAGUCUUGUAAUACAUUGAUUUGGGGCCAAGUACAAUAAUAUGCUUCUUUCAAGCUAUGUAAGUAUGUUGUAAUCUUCACUUAUAUUAUCGGCACAUAGUAGAACUGAACUGAAGUAGUAGUAUUAAUGUUAUAGUGGCAUACAUGUAUCUCUUUGAUAUACUUAUAGUCUGUUAUAUCCAAACUCAUGUUAUACCAACUUUUUUUAAGUUACUACUAGUAGUAUACAUGUUCAAAGCCCAGGCACAGUAUGUUUGUAGCAUUGUGCACUUGUCAGUAUUAAAUUCUAAGAUUACCACCAAAUAGCAAUUAAUGUCUGUCAAAAAAAGCAAAAGGACAGUCAAUGUUCUGUUAGUCUGUACUAGUUUG